UUUCUAAUUCUAAACGGGACUUUCCAAGCUGAAGUUUUACUUCCGCGUUUGCUUCCCGUUCUGGCCUGGUGCUGACGUUUCUCUCUUUUAGAGGAAAUGCAAAAUCCAAAUGAGCGCUCGGCCACCACCAUGGGACAAUCUUGGAGCAGGUACUACGGACCGGAGGUCAGGGAGGAGUCUGACGACGAGUGUUGGGAGGAGGACCCUCGGGUGAAGCGGCUGAGAGCGAACGGCCGCCUGCCGCCAGCCCGGGCGGGGAGGGAGGGCCUGGCUCGAGCGAUCCGAGACUUCGGCUGGGAACUUGUGGUUCCACAGGGUGGGCGACAGCGACCAGUAAGGUUGAGGUCAUCUUGGAGUUCCAAGGACACCAGGGACUAUCGAAAAGGCUACCCAGGGAAGAGGCCAAAUCCAAGUGUCACUGAGAACUACAACUUCUACACGAACAACCUGAAGUCCAAGCCAGAUGGUGACUACAUUGACAACAUCCACAGAGGAAUGGUGGGGGGACUACACCCGUCUAGAGGAGCAUCAUGGCUACAUCCAAUGGUUGUUUCCCAUCAGGGAGGAGGGAAUGAACUGGCAUGCUGUGGAGUUACAAGAGCAUGAAAUUAAGCUCAUCAUGGAGAACCCAGAAGCCCAUGCAAGGAUCCUCAAGUCAUAUGAGUUGAUGCUGGACUUCUAUGGGAUGAAGCUAAAGGACAAGACAACCGGGGAGAUAGUACGCUCUGACAACUGGGAGGAAAGGCUCAACCACCUUAACAAGUCAUAUCAUAACUACUUGCGCAUCACACGAAUCCUGAAGUGCCUUGGGGAGUUUGGCUAUGAGCAUCUGAAAGCUCCCUUCAUCCAGUUUGUGUUACAAGAAGCUCUGGUUGAGAAGACUCUGUCUAACACCAUUGAGAGCUGCUUAGACUAUUGGCUUCACACUAUUGUCAGGAAGGAGGAUAGGAUAGGCCUGCUCUGUCUGGCUGAUAAGCUGUGGGAUCUCAAACCUGACAAGGAACCUGGGAAAAAUGCAAGUACUAAGGGUGCCGGGAAAGGUCAUACUGCAAAGACUGCUGGGAAAGCGACCACUGCAAAGGACAUUGGGAAAGGUAGGCCUGCAAAGGCUGCCAAGAAGGAAGAAACAAAGGAUAUUGACAAAGUGAAAGUUGCAAAAGAAGAUGGACAAGCGUCCAAGUGUUCAGGGAAGUCAUCAAAGACAGAAGAGGACAUGAAAACGGAGACAGAUGUCAAGAGUGCAGGUGACUCCAUCAGGGAAGACGGAGACGGGCAAGCAGAGGAUGAUGGGAAUGACGUAGUCAUGGAGGCUGCCGCAGAAGCAGAUGACACAGUCAGCGCAGUUCAGGAGAAAGAGAAGAGGGAGCAACACCAACGUGCCGAAUCAGUCAUCAAAAGUGGAGAAGAAAUGAUGGAACAAGAGACAGAAAACAAAACAGGGUCCCCAGAAGUCCCACACAGACCGACAGACAUGGAGGACACUGAUGCAGGAAACAUGGAACAAGGGGAAGAUGAGGUGACAACAAAGACAGACUGUGAGGAUGCCAUCAAGGGAAGUGAAUAGAAAAGAUCUAUGGGAGAACAAGUACUAUCUAAUCUAAUCUAAUCAGGACAAGCCUGUGGACCAAAAAUGCUAGCAACUGAAUUUUGUUAAUGAUAGUAAAAUAGAAUUGCCUUACAAAGGCAGGACUGGCAGAUUUGAGUAGUGGUUCGAAGAAAAACUCGAUCUUUUCAUAUUUUUACUUGUUUCUUCACUUGUUUAGUCUUUAUAGCAGAUCCUGCUUCAAUUCAUACUGCACAGUAAAAAAUUUGCUGCUUUUAUAAAAAUCAUUUUGUGGUCCAAAAAAGCAUACACAUUGUACUCUAUUCCAACUGUUUGAAGUAUGUUCAUUAGCACUGUAACCAUACUGUAUGGCAGUAUACUUCUUCUGAUAAUGAAGCUUAAUUUUUGCCUGAUAAGUGUAACAUUUACAUAUAGUAUGUCUAUGCAAAAGACUUACCUAUGUAUACCAUUGCUUCUCCAAGUGGGGUAUCAUAAUUGUACUAUACAAAAUGUAACUCCAAUGACCUUUUUCAUAAAAUUAUCAAUGAGUGGGUUAGAAUAUUAUAAGUUACCCAAUUUUGCUUUGUCACUGAAAAGUACUGAAACAUGGAGACCAUUGAGUGAAUGUAGCCUUAUACCGGUAUGUACAAGGUAGCAAGGUACUGCAGAACAUAAUUCAGAGAAAAUUUGUGCAGUAUGGUGAAACUGUCAAAAUGACACUUGUGAUAUUACACACCAAUGUGUAUGGCAUUUGAAAAGAAUGUGAUGUAGGGAGUAGCCUGGUAUCCAAACCUAUUGUAGCUGCUGACUCUUUUGUCCGCUAGUUUUGGAAAAGGCGGAAGAGCUAGGUUUGGAUACUAGUGUGAUAGGGAGGGGGUUGUGACAACAUGAAAAACACAAUAAAUCAUAUUUCUUGAAGAA